AAGAGAAGACGGUCUCUUUCCCGGCCAUCUUGUGGCAGCAUCAAGCGAGCUGUUCGCUUCAAGCCUCGUAGAAUCGGAGGAGAAUCCCGCUGAAGGGGCGCCAUCAUGCCCGGACACCUGCAAGAAGGCUUCGGCUGCGUCGUAACUAAUCGGUUCGACCAGCUAUUUGAUGACGAGAGCGACCCCUUUGAGGUGUUAAAAGCGGCCGAGAACAAGAAGAAGGACGGGGCCGCCACUGCUACCGCCAAGACUGCUGCUCAAGCCGCUAAGCAGCCGAAAAAAGAGUCGCAGAAGGACAGAAAGAACCCGCUCCCUGACAAGAAGGAAGAGACACAGGCUCCUGUGCCUCUCAAAAAAGAAGGUGACUUUUUUCCCCCUUUCUCUGGUAUCAGGAGAGUUGGCCGUAGGCCUGACCAGCAGUCCCCACACCAGGGGCAGCAGUCCCAGCAGCAGGGCUCUCAGCAGCAGGGGGGUCAGGGAGAGGGCAGGCCCGGCGACAGGAGGCCAGACAGGAGGCCCCCACGCGACCGCCGCUUUGACAAGCCUGCUGAAGAAAAGCCCGAAGGUGGAGAGUUCUCUGUGGAGAAGUCUGCAGGAGAGAGGCCUUUGCGAGGGCGUGGCGGCGGCAGAGGUGGGCGUGGCGGCCGUGGACGCGGUAUGGGCAGGAGUGACGGCUUUGACUCGCGUGGAAAGCGGGAGUUUGACAGACACAGCGGAAGUGACCGAUCCAGCCUGAAACCUGAAGAAAAGCGUGGCGGGAGUGGAUCUCACAACUGGGGCACUGUCAAGGAUGAGCUGAGUGAACUUGAUCAAUCCAAUGUGACUGAAGAAACUCCUGAAGGAGAGGAACACCCUGUGGCAGACUCUGAAAACAAAGAGAAUGAGGUGGAAGAGGUCAAAGAAGAAGGGCCUAAGCAAAUGACACUGGAUGAAUGGAAGGCCAUGCAGGACAAGGAACGAGCAAAGGUUGAGUUCAACAUCCGCAAACCCAACGAGGGCACUGAUGGGCAGUGGAAGAAAGGAUAUGUUUUGCACAAAUCCAAGAGUGAAGAUAAACCUGCUGGUACUUUAAUCGACAGUGCAGAGAUGGAAGCUGAUUCAACUACCUUCUGCCAAAAGGCCCAUGCUGACGAAGCCUCUGGAGAGCACCACUUCCGGAAACCAGCCAACGACAUCACAUCUCAGCUGGAGAUCAACUUUGGUGACCUGGGCCGCCCUGGUCGUGGCCGUGGGGGACCCCGCGGUGGGCGAGGGCGUGGUGGCAGGCCAGUGCGUGGGGGCAGGUCUGACAAGCCUGGUGGUGUCUCUGUUCCGAAUGUGGAUGAUCCAGAGGCUUUCCCAGCUCUGGCCUAAAAGGAAUCGCCAUCAGCUGAACCUUAGCCCUCCGGGCCCUCCUCUACGAGGCUUGCAUGCUUAUGGAUCCUUCAACUAUAAUAAAAAAAAAAAUGAAAAGACUGUCAUCCAUACCAUUCACACCUGAGGACUGAAUUUUAUCUGUUUUAAAAAGAUAAAAGGACUUCUCUUGCUACACAGAAGCAAAAUAUUGGUAGAAGGUUUUGUAUUUAGAAACAUGGUAGCAGGGAUGUUUUCAUACAGUAAUUUUUUUCAGAGAUUAUGCAUUCUUCAUGAAUACUUUUUGUAUUGCUGCUUGAAAAUAUGCAUUUCCAAAUAUAGGUGUGAAGAGUGUGUAUCAGUUAGAUAAUGGUGUGCCAUGACUUGCUUUUUUCCCCCCUACAAACGUCAUCAAUGGAACCUUCUAGGGAGAAUCUCAAAACCCAACAAGAUGUACCAAAAAAGUUCACUGAAUACAGUCCUUGUACAUUAUUCAUGAGAUGAGACAGAGCUAGCUUUUGAUGAUGUUAGCAACUGAAGAAUUGUUUAAUGGGUGGUUUAACAAGGUUUAGUAUAUCAUCUCCAGUUUGUGGUAUAUCUUUUUAGUUUUUUCCCCAAUCUUGGAGGCGUAGGUGAUGCAUUUGCAUUUAUUGCUCUUCUACACUUGAUAUGACUAAUAUUCAUUGUCCCUACAUCCUAUUCCAUAAUACAUUUUCAUCUGAACAUGAAUUUUAGGUGGCUGAUUGGUCCCUUAGCUCAUACAGAUACAUGAACAUCCCUGAAUACCACUAAUGUGUAUAAGACAACCACUUGCAACCCAUUUUUCACACCUUUGUUUAUCAUGUGUUUUUGGGCCUGGAGUUUUUUGGGUGUGGCUGACAUUGCAGAUUGGCACUCUUCGAUAUUACUUGGAUUGAUACUUUCAAACAUUGCCUAUUAAAAUUUGUCUACAUAUCUUGGCUUUUGGACUAUAAAACCAACUUGAUUUCACAUUCACAUACUAGUAGUUUAUCAUAUUUCCCCAAUACUCUGAAAGUAUGCGCUAUGUAUACAACUAUUGUAUACUUUCAUAUACGUAAGCUAGAAAUUUUAGGUAUAUGAAAGUAUAUGAUUACCCUUCACCAUUUCAUUUACAGCAGCAUUACUGCAUAAUUCUUCUGAAAGAAAUAACAUGAGUGUUCAGUUUGGGACAAUUCAGUGUUACAAGGUGUGAAUAAUAAUCCUGCUAAAGGAUAUUACAAUGUUGGCUUCCAUAUUUAAAAAAAUGGUAAGUGUGGUUACAAUUCAAAUGUAGUUUAAAGGCUUUUUAGCAAAAGUGGUAAAAUUAGAUUUAACACUACCAUACACAAAACAAAGCUUUGUAUUUAGUGUUUGAAAAUCUACUUGGCAGUGUACAUACAAUGAGUGGCUCAAGCAGACUUUCUGUAGUAGAGCUGUUGGGUCCAGAUAAGUUUGGGUUUUUCUGAUUUAAAACCCUUUUCUGCAAACAUCCCUGUUCUAAUAAAUUGCUUAGAGGUGUUAAAUGUUUACUGCCUAAGGCAGUGAGUAGUGUGGAAUGAUUGCUAUUUCAUUAGUGGUGAAUAUAUAUAUGGUUUUUGUGUUUUUAUUUGAACGUUUCCAUGAGCAGUUGAUGGAAGACUGCGGAAUAGCACAUUUUUAGUAUAUAAUGUUUUUAAGAAAGUUCUUUGGCAGAUUGAGUUUAAAUCUUGUAAUCUUGAAAUUUAAUAUUUUAAGGCUAUAAAACAACCUACCUGUGUCACAAACUUGAAAAAGUGAAGCGUUUUCAGAACGGCUGCAGUAUCUUAAAUUUCUAUGUUGCCUUUAUGUAGUAGAACAAGCAGCAUGGCUACUCCGACUUUGCCUUGGCUAUGACAAUUUAUUCACAAUGUUCUGAAAUGUUUAGUCAGUUAUGUCUUGCUGUGGAAUUUAGAUUUAACUAUAAUGGAGAAACCGGACAUUUUGCCUUAGAAUGGUCUGUACAGACCUAAAAAAAUGCUGCAUUAUCCUUAUAUUAAGUUUGUCCACUUUUACUUUACAUUUCACUUUUUUGCAACAGGGUAUAGGCUAUAUUCCAGGGGUAACAUCUUCAGUCACUUCUCUUGCAACAUGUUCUCAUUUCCACAGGUAGCAUUUUUUGGGUUACAGUUAAAGGAAUGAGAUGUUUUGAUCCUGAGGAACCUGAUGAUGUGUGGAUAAUCAUAGUCCUAACUUUUACGUGUUGAGGUCUACUUUUACUCUGGUUUUACAGGACUGACAUUGAGCACGUAUUUUGACAAAAUUAUACUACUGAAUUUUGCCCUUUUCUGCAUGGAAUUAGUUUUGUAUUUUUUUACUGAAUGCAGUGGCCAAGUCAAAACUAUUUUGCAUGUGGGAAAUAUCCAGAUCUAGGGAUCCAGAAGAAAAGAUCUAGAUAAUUUUGUUUGAAAAGUGAAGGGGAACGGAGUAGCAAAGAGGGUGUAUAGUGUUUUGCACUUUAUAGUUGGACACUUCAUAAAUGUAAGAUAUUCUUUAACUUGGUAGCUAGAUUGGCUGUAGGGCCAAUGAUAAAUACCUGGUCAGGUAUUGAAGGAUUGCUGUCUUCAGCUUUCCACAUGCAAUGGCAACUGCCUUGAUUUGCUGCUUUUUUCUUAGUAUUUUAAUGUUUAUAUAUAUCAAGCCAAGAAAGACUUGCAGUUAACCUAGGAACUGAGAUUACCUGACAAUUUCAGAACAGCAUGUUUUAAUCAGGUAACCAAAAAUACAUUACCGUAAGCUUCUUUGUAAAGGAUGGUAUGACACUGAAACUUCGUAGGGCAAGACUAAUGGGUUUGCAUGCGGUAGUCAUGAGUGCUGGUUAAGGCGAUUCAGUGAUCUUGUGAUUAAUUUGAUUUCAUUUAAAGUUUUUCUGCUUCAGGGAUUGAUGUUUAUCUACAAAAAGGCAACUCUGAAUAUGAACAACAACUGUGUAAGCGCUAUUAAUUUUGCAAGCAGGUAGUUGUAUAAUAUCUUGAAGUUUAUGCUUUUAUAUCUGUGAUCUAAAUACUAUAGAGGACCUAAUUAUCUCUGCUGUUACUCUGGGUCCAAAUGCAUUUUCAGAUAUUCUCUUGAGGUUUCCCUGAGAAUUUCUUAGGUGUUCCAGCGAUGUUUUCGUCUGUGGAGUACUUUUAUAAUUGGAUUGUGAGUGUAAGUUCUGCAAAAGGUGAUUUGGAUUCAUCUCAGAGAUAAAAGUAUAUAAUACUGUUCAAGAAUGACUCCAGCAAAAUAUACAUCUUGCAGAGGUUGUAAAGGACAACUCCCUUUGGGUAAUCUUUACCUAAUUAAGCGUUACUAUAUUCUUUUUAUUUAUUCUAAAACAGAAAUAGGUCUUGUAUAAAAGUUCAUUAAUCAAACCCCUUUUUGUAGUGUAGAAAGACAACAGCAAACUUAAUUGUCCCCAUUUUUUUUAAACUGGCCCACUUUAAGUUUAUGUGCAACAAUUGCCCAGAGGAUAAAAUUGACAACAAGUUAACUACAUGGGGGCAUAGUUGUAAUAUUGUUUUUUUAUUACAACUUGUUAUGGUUAUUUCCCAAUAAAGUAUUUUGCUGGU